UGAACAAACUUGCAGAACAGUAGAUCUCAAAACAAGAUGAAAGGAGAAAAAAUAAACAGAAAUGGGAUUGAGCCGUAGUGUACUUGUUACUUGACUUCCCACCUCAGGCCAGGAAGAGGACUUUUAUUUUGAAGUGUGAGCCGCUGCGUAGGUCUCUGUAGCUAGGGAACCUGCGCAGACCGAUUAUUUAUGGAAGCUAAACUACAUGACUGCAACAGAAUUAACGUUAGUGUUUUCGGUGUCAUUGCGGUUAUCUGUUGAGAAAUUUAAAACGUUAUUUAAUUAACUAAAGGUACGCUAAGCUCAUUUGUGCAGCUCUGCGGUUUCCAUUUCUGAAAUCCAGUGGAGAGAACAGCUGCAGUAAAGCUAAACCCUCGGCUAGCUUGCAGGGCUAGCACAACAGCGGCUUCAAUAUGGAGGAGAUCACCAGGACGCCCUCAUAUCUCGACGAGCCCCCAAAUAGUCGGUUGUUUCUUGUUACCAGCAAAUCCAUCACCGAAGAUAUAAUCCGGGAGCAUUUUUCCACUUUCGGAGACAUCCAGGACAUUUGGGUUGUAAAAGACAAACACACGAAAGAGUCGAAGGGCGUGUCGUUUGUUAAAUUCUCCAAGUCUUCUCAAGCAUGCACUGCGAUGGAGGAGAUGCACGGUAGAUGCCUGGCUGAAGGAACCAAACCCAUUAAGGUAUUCAUUGCCCAGUCCAGGUCUUCUGGAAGCCACAGAGACGUGGAGGAUGAAGAGCUGACCAGGAUCUUUGUAAUGAUCCCAAAAACCUUUACUGAAGAUGAUCUGAAAGAGACUUUUAAGCCCUAUGGAGAUAUCGAGUAUGCAAUUAUUAUUAAAAAUAAAACUACAGGGGAGAGUAAAGGACUGGGCUAUGUGCGGUUUCACAAACCCUCCCAAGCAGCCAUGGCUAUUGAAAACUGUGACAAAAGUUUUCGAGCCAUACUUGCUGAACCUCGGACAAAAAAUUCAUCUGCCGAGGGAGAUUGUCUCACCAGCUCAAGACCGGAUCAUGUAGCAAGCGAGCAAUGCUUAAGUGCCUAUUCUUUUGGUCCAGAGCCCAGUAGUUACUCUGGUGGAGAUAUGUGGAACUCUGACUUGAUCACAAGAUGUCUCAUGGUGUCAUCAAGAGCACCUGUCACACAGGAACAGGUGUAUGGCCUGUUCGAUCUGAUUCCUGGAAUGGACUACUGUGAAAUGCAGAGGGAUCAAUACGGUUUUAGCAAAGGCCAGGCCAUGGUUCGGUACAACAACCUGGGCUCAGCGGUAUAUGCUAAAGAGAAGCUGAAUGGCUUUGAAUAUCCACCUGGAAACAGGCUGUCUGUUACUUUCAUUGACGAUGGAGAAGACAGGACCAGCCCUGUAGGAAAGAUGGCCAUGCAGUUGGUGGCAGCUCAGAUGAUGUCUGUGGUGUGGAAUGGCCCCUCUGGACCUCAGUUAAUGAAGACCUCGGCAGGCUAUGCAGCACCCUCACUGCUCCCGAAACCUCGUCUUCAGACAGAUGUUGUCCUCCCCCCUCUAAAGAAACAGGCUCCUCCUGACAGUGUGGCCAAAGAGAGGCUUUUUGUCAUCUUUAACCCAGCACCACUGCCUGUGGAUGUCCUGGAGGAUGUGUUCUGUCGUUUUGGUUCUCUGAUGGAGGUCUACAUAGUGCCAGGCCGCAAUGUUGGCUAUGUUAAGUAUGCAGACCGAAAGCAUGCAAGUGAUGCCAUGGCCGCACUCCAUGGAAAAGUGGUGAAUGGCGUGAAACUUAAGGUCAUGCUCGCUGACCCACCGAAAGAGGAAUCCCACAAGCGCCAGAGAACCUACUGACCAGUUCUAACAUUAAAGGUAGGUUGCACCACACAAUACAACCCCAAUUCCAAAAAAGUCGGUACUUAUUUCGGAUGGUUUUAAGUAAAUGUUAAUAACAACAGAAUGCAAAGAUUUGCAGAUCUCAGACCCACAUUUUAUCCUUAUCAGAUUUUGGAAGUAAGACAUUUUACCAUUACCUGAAAAACUUUUAACUAAUUUAGUUGUUUAAUGCCAGCAACACAUCUCAAAGUUGAGAUUGUUUAGCACUUCUUCUUUUAACAGCAAUCUGUAAACAUUUGGCAGGUAAGGGGACAUGUUGCUGCAGUUUUGUGAGAGGAUCAAAUGGAGUAUCAUAUUGCAUAUGUAUAUUAUGUAAAAGUAGAAACAUUGGCAGAUAUCUCCAGUUUAUUUUAUCCUUCCUAGUCAUUUAAGUUAUUAGUGCUUCUUAUGUAAUACAAGCCUUUUGGUGCCCCAGAUGUGUUGCUGAAAUGCAUAUGUCUACUGUGCAUAAAUAUUAGAUUUGCAAAUCAUUGCAUGCUGUUUUUAUGUAUAUUUUACACAGUCAUCCAACUUUUUUGGAAUUUGGGUUGUAAGACAGUAAUGGUAAUUUCUGUAUUCUGUAAGGUCCUGUUUAUCAAGUUGUGGCCUAAUCAGUAUUUCAGUGGUGAUAAGACAGGACACAGACUACCUCUAAAUAAAAAUAAGAAUACUGCAACCUAAUACUCAAAUCACUUUUAUUUCAGUUGUACUGAAACAGCAUAUUAGUGCCAGGUCCCUCGACAGUAUUUUGCACCAACCGAUUAGGCAGUUAAUGAUUAUAUAACAACACAAAUAAAAAUGGCAACAGUGAGAUUGCAAAAAAAAACUGCAAACUAUUAAUUCCACACUCAUUUAUACUGUCAAACCUCAGAUCUUUCUAGAUACUGAUCUAGAAAAACUCAUAAGGGUAGUCUUAUUUUAAAGUGGUCCCCUUCUACUAGAUGGAGCUCUUUCACGCCAAAGAACACAGUUCCACUAACUACCGAGUUUGUGGCAUUUUCACAGCUAUAGCUUGUUUGUUCUGGUCUGACUCAGAAAACAAGUGUAAACUUAAAGCAUUAAGGAAAAACAUAAGAGCACCAAAAUACUGAAAGAAGGUGAACAAAGGGUGAAAACAAGCCAGAGUCUGAUUUAAUCUGAAUUAAAAGUAUGUGUGUGCAGGUGUGAAAACUCCCUCAAUGUUUCAGCUUCAGUUAAGUAUGCAAUGGACUCUUCUGAUGAGAAUUUUUUCAUCAGGCACACUUUAAUAAUUCAGUGUUCAUGUGUGAGCCUCAUCUGCAGAUGUUUGUGUAGAGGUCUAAAUAUUGACUAAUGUGAGCGUUACAGCGAUUUCAAAUAUUUUAUUUAUUUCAUUUUUUUUUUAAUCCUGUGGUGUCCGUUUGGUCUUAGCUUUUCCAGCCUAGGUAAAUCUUCACUUCUUGUUGGAAUAAGAUCUCUAUCUGAAAGUGUUUUAACAUUUUUCACUAUAACAUACCUGUACACACACACACUCUCACUUACACCAACAUGUACACAGGCAGGCCCAAUGUGAAAGCAUUGUUGUAUAACUGCUUAUGCUGUCUUUGUCCCUACAGAGAUUUAAGUGACAUGACCCAUGACCUCGACAUGACUGGACGGGUUUUAACGAUGACGCGACCUCAGUGACGGACAGUGACUUUCGUAACAUAUUUUUUUUGCAAAAAUUUGCUAAGGAGACAUUUAAUGUCUAUUAUUUCAGUAAUUUUUUUUUCUGUUAUUUAAUGUAAACGCUAAAGACUUUAAAGACAAGGCUUAACUUGACAGUCCACACAUACGAAAAAUGUCAAUAUUUAAUCACAAACUGUUCUUUACUUUUUUCCUCACUUUUUGUGUCUCAUAUAGAUGGUCUUGCUGUUAAUAAAGUAGUAAACUCAAA